ACGUCACCGGGCCCCCACCUCCCACACCCAUAAGACCUUCCUCCGCUCCGCCUCUCCUCCUAAACCCUAACCCCUGGACUCGGGAGAGCUCGAACCUCAAACCCUGAUGGCGUCCAAUCCCAAGGGAUCCUCCUCCUCGUCCUCCUCCUCCGCCUUCGAUCAGUUCCUCCUGCAAAGCCUCAUGGGUCGCCUCCAGCUCCGCCCUCCGUACCUCGACACCAACUCCUUUCUCUCCCACAGCCUCGACGACUUCCUUCUCCGCGACCAGCUCCAUACAGACGACGACGAUGAUGAAGACGCCGAGGAGGAGGAGGAGGAUGGCCAGCUCAAUGCCUUCUUCGGCGAUGGCGCGAGGCACCGGCGGCUCCUCGCCAAGGAGGAGGCCCGAUUGGAGAAGGAAAUCAUCAAAAUUGUCCACUCCGGCGAUGCCAAGGAGAAGCUCAAGGCUAAUUCUGGCCAGUCGGUGGCCAUCGGGGACCACAACAUCUGCGUUGGCGCCCACGAGGAGCGGGGGUCCGAGUACCGGGUCUGGGAGUGGCAUGGCCAUAUCAUGCUGUUCGACGAGGAGAACGGGUACUCGGCGGAGUACAUCUACGGGAAUUACUUCGAGCGGCUGCCUGACAAGAAGGGAGGAAGGAAGGAUGAGGAUGAGGAGGAGGACGAGGAGGGGACGAAGGUCAAGGCUGGAGCAAACUUUGGACUGAGAGAUCUGAUCGGAGACUCGAAGGAUUUCAUUGGGAAUGGGGCAGGGAGGGUGCUCCACAGGAACUCUCUGAAUUCCGGGUCGUCGACGAGGUAAUGGGUGAUAUAUGUUAUGAAGAUGAUGGAAUUCGGAAAGAACAUACUGUCAUCCAUAGUUUUUAUAUUCGGAUGUUCUUCCGUAUCCAUGUCCUACUAAACUUGAUCCAUAUCUGGACUGUCUUCUAAUAACGAUAUAAUAUUAUGGAUUUGGAGGCUGGUCUCAUGGUCAUAGUGGUGAAUAUUUAUGAUUUGUGGUUGUGUGCUUA